AUGGCCAUGACGGCGGAGAUAAUGCCCGUGCAGGUCCCGUCGGGCGCUGCUGCGCACGGCGUGGGAACCUCGAUGGCCAUCGACACCUCCCGGCUGGCCGUCCCGGAAGGUCGCGAGCGGCAGUCCCAGACGGAGGAUCAUCCCUUUGCCAGGAACGGCGCCCACACGACCGAGGAGGUCCGGCAGGUGGCGCUGGACCUCGGUCUUGACCCCGUGUACGAUGCACAGCACAUGUACCUCUGCGACGAGAUCCUGAACGCGAAGUGCCCGCGGGGUUGGGUGGAGUUCCGCGAUGCUGACGGGCUUCCCUACUACUACAACGAAGCCACGAAGGCCACGCAGUGGGAGCACCCCCUGUUGGACUUCUAUCGAGCCGUGGUCUUCAUGCUCAAGGGUGGGGCGGAGAAGCUGAAGCAGGCAGCGUUCAAGACGCCACCCACGCCUCUGGAAGCGCGCGACAUGGCACAGUACCUGGGUAUCGACCCGGUCAAGGAGCCCGACCUGGUCGACAUCGCGAAGGCGGCCGUCAACGCGCCCCUCCCCCCACAGUGGCAACAGUUCGAGGACAACAACAGCAACGUCAAGUACUACAACUCGAUCACCGGCGUCGAGGUGUCGCACCACCCGCUCGACGGGUACUUCCUCGAACUCAUCCGCCAGCGGCGCGCGGAGCGGGCCGCCGCGCCCGCCAAGUCGACCGCCGUCGAGCCCACCAUCGCCAAUUACCACAAGCUCGUUCCGGAGGGCCGCCCCCCGCUGCCGUGGGUGGAGUUUCUGGACGGUCAGUCUCGCAGGGUGUUCUACUUCUCCUUCCAGGACGACACCAUCACGUUCGUGCAUCCGACGCUCGUGGUGAAGCGCACGAUCCGCGAGGCCGCGGCCGUGAGGUUGCAGGCGUGGUGGCGCGGCCACAUGGUGCGGCAGCGCCCGGACCUGAAGAGCCGCCUGCCGUGGCUCGAGGACGCCGAGCGCGCCCGCCGCCUCGAGCAGGCGCGCAAGGCGCAGGCCGCGCGGUCGCAGGUGGCGGCGGUGCGGCAGAAGCGCACCGAGGAGGCGGCGCUGUCCAUCCAGUGCGCCUUCCGCGGGUUCCGCGACCGCAAAAUGGUGGCCGAGAUGCGGCACGAACGCGCCCUGGCGAUCAUCCAGCGAUGGUGGCGCGGAGCGCUGGCGCGGCGGCAGGCGGCGAAGAUGCAGCAGCAGACCCGCGGAGCCAUCAUUCCGCGCCUGCCACCCCCGAAGCCGCUCCCGUCCCUGCCUGGUCUGUCUGGUGCCUCGGCCACCAGCCUCCUGGAGACCAUUCAAACCACCGUCCUGCGGAACAUCGCGGCCUACGUGGUACCUCCCGCAUCGACAGACAGUCCCAGCGCGGACCUCCCCGCCGUCCCGGCCACGGCGGCAGAGCUGCGUGCCUCGUUGCCGCCCGCCAAGCCGCCGCGCGCUUGCGUCGCCAUGGAGACGCCGGCGCUUGCGUCCAUCUACGCGCCGCACGAGCCGACGCCGGAGUCGUCGUACAGCGUCCCCGUCGCCGAGGCUCGGCGUGCGGGUGCCACCACCGCACCGCCUGGGGAGGAGGCUGCCGAGGCCGCCCCCGCACCCGAGGCGCUCGGCGACGACCAGGGCGAAGGGUUGUCCGCGGAGCCGUCUGCGGUGUCGGCUGCGUCGGGCGAGGCCACGGAGGGCAAGAGCCGUUUGUCGCGCGCGGGCAGCACCAAGGCCAAGAAGUUGAAGAGCAAGAAGAACCGCCGGCAGUCGGCGCCGGCGUCGCGCGCAGCGAGGACGCCGAUCAAGACGUUCUCGGAGCGCGGCGGGCUGGGCGCGGGGGGCGAGGGGGACGGCGCGGGGGAGAGCAGUGCGCUGGACACGGAGGGGUCGUGGGAGUCUGGGAUCGGCGAGGUGGACGAGAUGCCGACGGUGGUGGAGGGCGUGGCGGAGGGGGAGUCGCCGGAGAAGCGCAAGAAGAAGAAGAAGCUGAAGAAGAGCGCGUCGAAGCUGAAGAAGAGCGCCUCCAAGGCCGGACUGGCGUCGGCGAAGAAGCGCCGCAGCAGCGCGGCGGGGCCCGCGGCCGCCAGCACGCCGGUGCUGGCGGCCGCGAAGGAGGACAGUGCGCAAGACGUGGGAGGGCAGGCACCGCCCGAGGCGCCAGCUGCAUCUGCCCGGGCCAGUCAGGCCAGUGCGGCGGAGGGCGAGGGCGCGGCGCCGCGCGUGGAGGCCGUGCCCGAAGCUGCGCGCGAGCAGGCGGGAUCAGCCGCCGAGGCGAAGCGCGCGUCCGCCGCCGAGAGCGCAGGGCCGCCGGCGCCAGAUGCAGAGCAGCUGCAGACGCUGCCUGACUCGGCCGAGGCCACGCCGGUCAAGCCGGAGCCUUCGCGAGAAGACAGUCAGGCUGGGACGCCGCUCUUCGUCAAGACCGCCAGCCGCACGGGCCAGAGCCGCAUGCUGGAAGAGACCCCUCCCCCGCAGCCUGCAGCGGCAGCCACGCGCGACGACGACUCGGAUGGCGAGGACCCCGGCGAGCUGCAGGUCCUCCACGACGCGGAGGACAGUCCGGCAGUCGACGACGCCGUCCUCGGGGGUCCAGACAGCGCAACACAGACGCCCAAGGGCGGCGCUGCUGACCGCGCGCGCAUGAUGAGCCUCGCUCCGGAGGACAGCGGGGCGUUCCUGAGCGGCAGCGAGAGCGAGGGCGAGGACGGCCCGCUCGGCGCAGUGGGCGGUUUGGACCUGGACGCGGCGGACCUGAACGACGUGCUGGACGGCGAGCAGUCGCAGGGCAAGUUGGUCAUCGACGACAUCGGGGUGCCGGACGACGCGGAGCUCGAGAUGGACGAGUCGGACGACGCGGACGCCGACGCGGACAAGGACAAGACGCGCGCGAAGAAGGGCAAGGGGAAGAAGGCGGGCGCCAAGGGCAAGACCAAGGCCGGCGCCGGCAGCGCGAAGAAGACCAAGUCCGCGGCGCCGACCCCCGCGAAGAAGGCGUCCACCAUCGCGUCCACACCGGCGAAGAAGCCCCCCUCGGCGACGCCCGCCAAGAAGGGCAAGGCGGGGAGCGCCGCGCCAACACCCGCGAAGAAGAGCGCGAAGAAGGGCAAGAAGGCCAAGGUCGUGCCGGUCUAG